GUCACUCAGACCGCUGACUGACUGGGCUCCGGGCUUCAGCCUCAAUCUGUGACCAGCGGCGGCAGAGGUGCUGGGGAGGAGAGCAUCCACUUCUGCGUUUCCUCCUGUAGCUCCUUCGUCGGGGAGAACAAAAGGCGGACAACUGGGUGAUCACAGGCGCCUGCUCGCGAAUGCAAGUCAGGCUAGCUCGAUGCUUGGCGCCUAGUUCAGCCUGCUAGCCUCUGUGGCACGGCUGCCCAUGCAUCCGAGGAGCCCCUGAGCAAGCAGCCCGGCCUGGGAGAAGCCUCGGCUCCCCAUCUCUCUCUUCCGCCGCGCUUUCAAAGACCUUUGCUUUGUUUUCUGCCGCCGCCGUCUGCAGAAGCAAAGCCGCGCGCGGCAGCCCCGCUGUCAGCGCCGUUGCGCACCCACAAAGCGGAUUUCCAGUGAGGAGCAUCAUCGGCUGGCCACGGUUACACGUCGCAGCCCGUCUACAACCUCCAGCCUGACGGGGACCCGGAGGCGAUUGAUGACUAAUAUUCUGCCAACAUAGGCUACAAUGUUGCGCACCGUGGCCAACGUGUUGGUGACCGGAUCGCUUUUCUUGGUAGUGUUGCACAGUUUGGAAGUAAUCGCUCCCGCACGAGCUUUUGACGCUUUAAAGACCUGCAGCCCAAAACAGUUUUUGUGCAUGGACGGGGUGACCUGCAUCUCCAAGGGCUGGCGCUGCGACCGUGAGAAGGACUGUCCAGAUGGCUCCGAUGAGGAACCCGACGUCUGUCCGCACAGUGCUGUGUCACGCUGCCCCCCCAACGAGUACAUGUGCGGAGGGAAGGAUCUGUGCAUUCACAUGAGCAAGCUGUGCAACGGCGUGCCAGACUGCACCGACAGCUCGGACGAGGGAGCUCACUGCAGAGAGCUCAUAGGCAACUGCUCGCUCAAGGGAUGCCAGGAAAGCUGUGCGGUGACUCUGGCCGGGCCCGCGUGCUACUGCAAAAGUGGUUAUGAGAUCAACCCCGAUGGGAAGACAUGCAAAGAUUUCGACGAGUGCAGCGUGUACGGGACCUGCAGCCAGACCUGCGCCAACACCGAGGGCUCCUACGCGUGCUCCUGCGUGGAGGGCUACCUGUCCCAGCCCGACAACCGCUCCUGCAAGGCCAAGAACGUGCCCGUGGACCGCAUGCCCGUGCUGCUGAUCGCCAACUCGCAGAACAUCCAGGCCACGUCGCUCAGCGGCACCACGGUGAGCAGCCUGCUGUCCACCAGCACCAAGCAGACCACGGCCAUGGACUUCGUCUACGCCCUGGAGACGGUGUGCUGGAUCCACGUGGGCGACACGCCCGCGUCCACGCACCUGAAGUGCGCCAAGAUCCCCAACCUGAAGGGCUUCACGGACGAGAGGGUGAUCAACUUCACGCUGGGCCUGCACCAUGUGGAGCAGCUGGCCAUCGACUGGCUCACCGGAAACUUCUACUUCGUGGACGACGUGGACGACAGGAUCUUCGUGUGCGACAAGGACGGAGAGACAUGUGUCACCCUGCUGGACCAGGAGCUGUACAACCCCAAGGGCAUCGCCCUGGACCCCACCAUGGGGAAGGUGUUCUUCACCGACUACGGAACGUUUCCCAAGGUGGAGCGCUGCGACAUGGACGGGCAGAACCGAACGAAGCUGGUGGACAAUAAGAUCGUGUUCCCCCACGGCAUCACGCUGGACCUGGUCAGCAGGCUGGUGUACUGGGCCGACGCCUACCUGGACUACAUAGAGGUGGUGGACUACGAGGGCAAGAACCGGCACACCAUCAUUCAAGGCCUGCUGAUCGAGCACCUGUACGGACUGACCGUGUUCGAAAACUAUCUGUAUGCCACCAACUCAGAGAACACCAACAUGCAGCCUAAGACCAGCGUGAUCCGCGUGAACCGCUUCAACAGCACCGACUACCAAGUGGUGACCCGAGUGGACAAAGGAGGAGCGCUGCACGUGUACCACCAGAGACGCCAGCCUCCAGUGCGCAGUCACGCGUGCGAGGUGGACCAGCUCGGGAAGCCGGGAGGCUGCUCCGACAUCUGUCUGCUGGGGAACGGCCACAAGACCCGGACGUGCCGCUGCCGCUCCGGCUUCAGCCUGGGCAGCGACGGCAAGACCUGCAAGAGGCCCGAGCAUGAGCUCUUCCUGGUCUACGGUAAAGGUCGUCCAGGGGUCAUCAGGGGCAUGGACAUAAAUGCCAAAGUGCCGGACGAGUACAUGAUCCCCAUCGAGAACCUGUUGAACCCCAGAGCGCUGGACUUUCACGCCGAGAGCGAGUUCAUCUACUUCGCCGACGCCAGCCACUACAUCAUCGGGCGGCAGAAGAUCGACGGGACCGAGAGGGACAUCAUUCUGAAGGAAGGCAUCCACACGGUGGAGGGCAUGGCCGUGGACUGGAUGGCCAACAACUUGUACUGGACGGACGACGGGCCCAAGAAAACCAUCAGCGUGGCGCGUCUGGAAAAGGCUUCACAGACCCGCAAAAUACUGAUCGAGGGGAAAAUGACUCACCCCCGCGCCAUCGUAGUGGACCCUCUGAACGGGUGGAUGUACUGGACGGUCUGGGAGGAGGACCACAAGGACAGCAAGCGGGGCAAGAUCGAGCGCGCGUGGAUGGACGGCUCCAACAGGAGCGUGUUCCUCACCGGCAAACUCGUGCUGUGGCCCAACGGCCUGAGUCUGGACAUCCCGCAGGGCAUCCUCUACUGGGUGGACGCCUUCUACGACCGCAUCGAGAUGGUCUACCUGAACACCUCCGAGCGCAAGACCAUGUUUGAGGGCGAGGAGCUGAGCCACGCCUUCGGCCUGUGCCACUACAAGCACUUCCUGUUCUGGAACGAGUACCGCAGCGGCAGCAUUUACAAGCUGGACACCACCACCGGCGCCGCCACGUUGCUGCGCGUCGAGCGCCCGCCCAUAUUCGAGAUCCGGAUGUACGACGCUCAGCAGCAGCAAGCCACAGGCCCUAAUGCGUGUCGCGCCAACAACGGCGGCUGCAGCAGCCUGUGCUUGGCCAUACCCGGGGGCAGACACUGCGCCUGUGCCGACGACCAAAUACUGGACCCGGCCGACAAUACCAGCUGCAAAGCCAACCCGUCCUACGUGCCCCCUCCUCAGUGCCAGCCCGGAGAGUUCGCCUGCAAGAACAACCGCUGCAUCCAGGAGCGCUGGAAAUGCGACGGAGACAACGACUGCCUGGACAACAGCGACGAGGCUCCAGAGCUGUGUCACCAGCACACCUGCCCCACAGACAGGUUUAAGUGCAGGAACAACCGCUGCAUCCCUCUGCGCUGGCUGUGCGACGGCGACAACGACUGCGGGAACGACGAGGACGAGUCCAACACCACCUGCUCAGCCCGUACCUGUCCUCCCCACCAGUACUCGUGUGCCAGCGGCCGCUGCAUCCCUCUGUCCUGGGUGUGCGACCUGGACGAUGACUGUGGCGAUCGCUCUGACGAACCCGUGGCCUGCGCUUACCCCACGUGCUUCCCCCUCACCCAGUUCACCUGCAACAACGGCCGGUGCAUCAACAUUAACUGGCGCUGUGAUAAUGACAACGACUGCGGCGACAACAGCGACGAGGCGGGCUGCAGCCACUCCUGCUCCAGCGCCCAGUUCAAGUGCAACAGUGGCCGCUGCAUCCCAGAUUACUGGACGUGUGACGGGGACAACGACUGUGGGGACUACAGCGACGAGACCCACGCCAACUGCACCAAUCAGGCCACGCGUCCUCCCGGCGGCUGUCACACGGACGAGUUCCAGUGCCGGAUGGACAGCCUGUGCAUCCCCCUGCGCUGGCGCUGCGACGGCGACACCGACUGCAUGGACCUGAGCGACGAGAAGAACUGCGAGGGCGUCACGCACAUGUGCGAUCCGGCGGUGAAGUUCGGCUGCAGGGACUCCGCGCGGUGCAUCAGCAAAGCCUGGGUGUGCGACGGCGACAGCGACUGCGAGGACAACUCCGACGAGGACAAUUGCGAGGCGCUGGUGUGUAAGCUCUCGCACCAUGUGUGCGCCAACGACUCCACCAUCUGUCUGCCCUCAGAGAAACUUUGCGAUGGCAAAGACGACUGUCCAGACGGCUCCGACGAGAAACUCUGCGAUCUGUGCUCCCUGGACAAUGGCGACUGCAGCCACAACUGCACCGUGGCUCCAGGUGAGGGCGUGAUCUGCUCCUGCCCGCUGGGCAUGGAGCUGGGCGCCGACAACAAGACCUGUCAGAUCCAGAGCUUCUGUGCCAAGCACCUCAAGUGCAGCCAGCGCUGCGAGCAGGACAAGUUCAGCGUGAAGUGCUCCUGCUACGAGGGCUGGGAGCUGGAGCCGGACAUGGAGAACUGCAAGAGCACGGAUCGUUUCAAGCCCUUCAUCAUUUUCUCCAAUCGCCACGAGAUCCGACGCAUCGAUCUGAAUAAGGGGGAGUUCAGUGUGUUGGUGCCAGGUUUGAGGAACACCAUUGCCCUCGAUUUCCAUCUCAGUGAGAGUGCCCUCUAUUGGACCGACGUGGUGGAGGACAAGAUCUAUCGUGGGAAACUGUCAGACAACGGAGGUGCUUUAACCAGUUUCGACGUAGUAAUCCAGUAUGGGCUGGCUACCCCUGAGGGUCUGGCUGUAGACUGGAUAGCAGGAAACAUCUACUGGGUGGAAAGCAACCUGGAUCAGAUAGAGGUGGCCAAGCUGGACGGCACCAUGAGGACCACGCUGCUGGCUGGGGAGGUGGAGCACCCCCGAGCUAUUGCCCUGGACCCCCGAGACGGGAUCCUCUUCUGGACAGACUGGGAUGCUAGCUUGCCAAGGAUUGAGGCUGCAUCCAUGAGUGGACAAGGCAGGAAGACCAUCCAUAAGGAAACUGGCAGCGGAGGCUGGCCGAAUGGGCUCACCGUGGACUACCUGGAGCGCCGCAUCCUGUGGAUCGAUGCCAGGUCCGAUGCCAUUUAUUCGGCCAAGUAUGACGGUUCGGGGCUAAUCGAGGUCCUGAGGGGGCACGAGUACCUGUCCCAUCCGUUUGCCGUCACUAUGUACGGUGGGGAGGUCUACUGGACCGACUGGAGGACCAACACGCUGGCCAAGGCAAACAAAUGGACCGGGAGCAACGUCACUGUCGUCCAGAGAACCAACACGCAGCCUUUCGACCUGCAGGUCUACCAUCCAUCCAGACAGCCCCAAGCUCCGAACCCGUGUGCGGCCAAGGACGGGAGGGAGCCCUGCUCGCACCUCUGUCUUAUCAACUACAAUCAGACCUUCUCCUGCGCCUGUCCCCACCUCAUGAAGCUGGGCUCAGACAAACGCACCUGCUUCGAGUCUCGUCAGUUCCUGCUCUACGCCCGUCAGAUCGAGAUCAGGGGCGUGGACAUCGACAACCCCUACUAUAACUACAUCAUCUCCUUCACCGUGCCGGACAUCGACAACGUGACUGCGGUGGACUAUGACGCUCUGGAGCACCGCAUAUACUGGUCAGACGUCCGCACCCAGACCAUCAAGAGGGCUUUCAUCAACGGCACUGGAAUUGAGACGGUGGUCUCUGCUGAUUUACCCAACGCCCACGGCCUGGCAGUGGACUGGGUGUCCAGAAAUCUGUUUUGGACCAGCUAUGAUAACAAUAAGAAACAGAUUAAUGUUGCCAGACUGGACGGCGCCUUCAAAAACGCUGUCAUUCAGGGCCUGGAUAAACCGCACUGUCUAGUGCUGCAUCCCAUCCUGGGGAAGCUCUACUGGACAGAUGGGGACAACAUCAGCAUGGCCAACACAGACGGCAGCAACAUUAGCGUCCUCUUCACCAACCAGAAAGGUCCAGUCGGCCUCUCCAUCGACUUUGACACUGAGCAGCUUUAUUGGAUCAGCUCAGGAAACAGCACCAUCAAUCGCUGCAAACUCGACGGGUCUGGACUGGAGGUGCUUGAGGGGGUCAGGGGCAAACUGACAAAGGCCACUGCUCUGGCUAUCAUGGGGGACAAGUUGUGGUGGGCAGACCAAGGCACCGACCAGAUAGGAACUUGUGACAAGAAGGACGGCGGCAGUUGGAAAGUCCUCAGGAACAGCACUUCCCCCAUGAUGCACAUGAAGAUCUACAACGAAACUGUGCAGAAAGGCACAAAUCUCUGCAGCAAUAACAACGGAGACUGUUCCCAGCUGUGUCUCCCCACCUCCCCGAGCACCAGGGCCUGCAUGUGCACAGCAGGAUACAGCCUGCGCACAGGCCAGCAGUCCUGUGAGGGUGUCGGCUCCUUCCUGCUGUACUCUGUACACGAGGGCAUACGUGGUAUUCCUCUGGACCCAUCAGACAAGUCUGAUGCCCUGGUUCCAGUGUCUGGCACAUCAUUAGCCGUGGGCAUUGACUUCCAUGCUGACAAUGACACUAUCUACUGGGUCGACAUGGGCCUGAGCACUAUUAGCAGGGCCAAGAGAGACCAGACCUGGAGAGAGGAUGUGGUCACGAAUGGCAUCGGCAGAGUGGAAGGAAUCGCUGUUGACUGGAUAGCAGGUAACAUCUACUGGACAGACCAGGGCUUUGACGUGAUCGAGGUGGCCAGACUGAACGGCUCCUUCCGCUACGUGGUGAUCUCCCAGGGCCUGGACAAGCCUCGCGCCAUCACCGUCCACCCUGAGAAAGGCUACCUCUUCUGGACAGAGUGGGGCCAGUACCCUCGCAUUGAACGGUCUCGUCUGGACGGCUCUCAGAGGGCUGUGCUGGUCAAUGUCAGCAUUAGCUGGCCCAACGGCAUCUCCAUCGACUAUGAGGAGGGGUUGCUGUACUGGUGUGAUGCCAGGACGGACAAAAUAGAGCGCAUCAACCUGGAGACCGGCGAGAACAGGGAGGUGGUGCUGGCCAACAACAACAUGGACAUGUUCUCUGUCUCUGUGUUUGAGAACUACAUCUACUGGAGCGACAGGACGCACGCUAACGGCUCCAUAAAGAGAGGCAGCAAGGACAACGCUACAGAGUCAGUGUCGCUAAGGACUGGUAUCGGGGUGCAACUCAAGGACAUCAAGGUUUUCAACAGGGCCAGACAACAAGGAACGAACGUGUGCAAAGUCAAAAACGGCGGCUGCCAGCAGCUGUGUCUGUACCGCGGCAGCGAGCAGCGCACGUGCGCCUGCGCCCACGGCAUGCUGGCCGAGGACGGCCGCGGCUGCCGCGACUACGACGGCUACCUGCUCUACUCGGAGCGCACCAUCCUGAAGAGCGUGCACCUGUCGGACGAGAACAACCUCAACGCGCCCAUACAGCCGUUCGAGGACCCGUUGCGCAUGAAGAACGUCAUAGCGCUCACGUUCGACUACAGGGGAGGCGGCGGGAAGGGGGCCAACCGCAUCUUCUUCAGCGACAUCCACUUCGGCAACAUCCAGCAGAUCAGCGACGACGGCUCCAACCACAAGCUUGUGGUGGACAAUGUGGGCUCGGUGGAGGGCUUGGCCUACCACAGGGGCUGGGAUAUGCUGUACUGGACCAGCUACACCACCUCCACCAUCACCCGACACACCGUGGACCAGAGCCGCUGGGGCGCCGUCGACCGGCACACGGUGGUCACCAUGGCGGGAGACGACCACCCCCGAGCCUUCGUCCUCGACGAGUGCCAGAGCCUCAUGUUCUGGACCAACUGGAACGAGCACUCUCCCAGUAUCAUGCGCGCCACGCUGACCGGCUCCAACGUCCUCGUGAUCAUCGGCACCGACAUCCGAACCCCCAACGGCCUGGCCAUAGACCACCACGCUGAGAAGCUCUACUUCUCCGACGCCACGCUGGACAAGAUCGAGCGCUGCGAGUACGACGGCAGCCGGCGCUACGUGUUGCUGAAGAAUGAGCCGGUCCACCCCUUCGGCCUGGCCGUCUACGGCAAUUACAUCUUUUGGACCGACUGGGUGAGGAGGGCCGUGCUUCGCACUGACAAGUUCACGGGAGGAGACAUGAAGGUGCUGCGCGCUGACAUCCCUCAGCAGCCAAUGGGCAUCGUCGCUGUGGCCAAUGACACCAAUAGCUGUGAGUUCUCUCCGUGCCGAGUGAACAAUGGGGGCUGUCAGGACCUGUGUCUGCUGACCUCUGACGGGAGGGUCAACUGCAGUUGCCGUGGCGAUAGGAAGCUUUUGGAGGACAGCACCUGCGUAGCUCUUAACACUACAUGCAGCAGCAUCGAUGAGUUCGAAUGUGGAAAUGGAGACUGCGUGAAAUACACCCUGACUUGUGAUGGCACAGCCCACUGCAAGGACAAGUCUGACGAGAAACAGUCCUACUGUUCCAACCGCGUGUGCAAGAAGGGUUACCGGCGUUGCGUGAACGGCCGCUGCGUGAGCCUCGGCUCCUGGUGCAACGGGCGGGACGACUGCGGAGACAAUUCCGACGAACUCUUCUGCAACGCCACACUGUGCUCGGCCGAUCAGUUCCAGUGCAGAGACGGAGGCUGCAUCUCCAACUCCAGCAAAUGCAACCAGAAGGUGGACUGCGAGGACGCCAGCGACGAGAUCGGCUGCUCUGCCACCGACUGUUCCAGCUACUUCCAUCUGGGAGUGAAGGGAGUGACAUUUCAAAAGUGCGAGUUCACCACGCUCUGCUACGCCCCUUCAUGGCAGUGCGAUGGAGCUAAUGACUGUGGAGACUUCUCUGAUGAAAAGAACUGCCCAGGGAGCGGGCGGGCGAAGUGUCCCACCCCCUUCUUCGCGUGUCCCAGCGGACGCUGCAUCCCCAUGAGCUGGACCUGCGACAAGGAGAACGACUGUGAGAACGGCGCCGACGAGGCUCACUGUGAUAAGUUCUGCUCGGCCUCCCAGUUCGAGUGCGGGAACCACCGCUGCAUUCCCAAGCGCUGGGUGUGCGACGGCGCCGACGACUGCGGCGACAGCAGCGACGAGGACAACAACUGCAAGACGCGAACCUGCAGCCCUGACGCGUUCCAGUGUCCCGGGUCCCACAUGUGCGUCCCCCAGCGCUGGAAGUGUGACGGGGACAAAGACUGUCCUGACGGAGCGGACGAGAGCGUCAAAGCUGGAUGCGUGUUCAACAACACGUGCAGCAGCAAUGAGUUCAUGUGCCAGAACCGACAGUGCAUCCCCAAACACUUCAUGUGCGACCACGACAAGGACUGCAGCGACGGCUCGGACGAGUCCCCGGAGUGUGAGUACCCCACGUGCGGACCCAACGACUUCCGCUGUGCCAACGGCCGCUGCCUCAUUCAGAGUUCAUGGGAGUGCGAUGGGGAUUUUGACUGUCACGACCAAUCGGACGAGGCGCCCAAGAACCCGCGCUGCACUGGGCUCGAGAAGCGAUGUAACGACACCGCGUACGCCUGCAAAAAUGGAAACUGUGUCAGCGAGACGCUGCUCUGCGACCACAAAGACGACUGCGGCGACGGCUCCGACGAGCUCGACUGCUACGUCAACGAGUGCCUGAACAGCAAACUGAGCGGCUGCUCCCAGCUCUGCCAGGACCUGAAGAUAGGCUUCAAGUGCCGCUGCCACCCGGGCUUCCGCCUGAAGGACGACGGCAAGACGUGCGUGGACGUGGACGAGUGCACGACCACCUACCCGUGCACGCAGCGCUGCAUCAACACGCACGGCAGCUUCCACUGCCUGUGUGUGGACGGCUUCCUGAUGAGCCCCGAAAACCCCACUAUAUGCAAAUCCACCUCCGAUGAGGAGCCCUUCCUGAUCUUUGCGAACCGUUACUACCUUAGGAAGCUCAACUUGGACGGCACCAACUACACGCUGCUCAAACAGGGCUUGAACAACGCGGUGGCUCUGGACUUUGACUACCGGCAGCAGAUGAUUUAUUGGACCGACGUGACCACGCAGGGCAGCAUGAUACGACGCAUGCACAUCAACGGCAGCGACGUCCAGGUGCUUCAUCGCACGUCACUCAGCAAUCCAGACGGCUUGGCAGUGGACUGGGUCGGAGGAAACCUGUACUGGUGCGAUAAGGGCCGGGACACCAUCGAGGUGUCCAAGCUGAAUGGAGCCUACCGGACGGUCCUGGUCAACAGUGGCCUGAGGGAGCCGCGGGCCGUGGCUGUGGACGUGCGCUACGGGUACCUGUACUGGUCAGACUGGGGAGACAGCCCCCACAUAGGGAGGAUUGGGAUGGACGGCACCAACCGCAGCGUGAUCGUGGAGGAUAAGAUCACGUGGCCCAACGGUCUGACGCUGGACUUUGUCAACGACCGCAUCUACUGGGCCGACGCUCGAGAGGACUACAUUGCGUUCGCCAGCCUGGAUGGUUCCAGCAGACACACGGUUCUUGCUCAGGACAUCCCCCACAUCUUUGCUAUGACCCUGUUUGAGGAGUACAUCUACUGGACAGACUGGGAAACCAAGUCCAUCAACAGGGCUCAUAAGACCUUGGGAAUCAACAAGACAAUGCUGAUCAGCACCUUGCACAGACCCAUGGACGUCCACAUUUACCACCCGUACCGACAGCCUGAAGUGGCCGACCACCCGUGCCAGGUGGACAACGGAGGCUGCAGUAACCUGUGUCUUCUGUCGCCUGGAGGAGGCUACAAGUGCGCUUGUCCCACUAACUUUUACCUAGCAGCGGACGGCAAACAGUGCUUGUCCAACUGCACUGCCAGUCAGUUUGUCUGCAAAAAUGACAAAUGCAUUCCGUUCUGGUGGAAGUGUGACACUGAGGAUGACUGUGGGGACCGCUCAGACGAGCCAGCAGAGUGCCCCGAGUUUAAAUGCAGACCGGGCCAGUUCCAGUGCGGCACCGGCAUCUGCACCAACCCAGCGUACAUCUGCGACGGAGACAACGACUGCCAGGACAACUCCGACGAGGCCAACUGCGACAUCCACGUGUGUCUGCCCAGCCAGUUCAAAUGCUCUCACCCCAGUCGCUGCAUCCCCGGCAUCUUCCGCUGCAACGGACAGGACAACUGUGGAGAGGGGGAGGAUGAGAAAGACUGUCCGGAAGUGACGUGCGCCCCCAACCAGUUCCAGUGCGCCAUCACCAAGCGCUGCAUCCCACGGGUCUGGGUGUGUGACCGGGACAACGACUGCGUGGAUGGAUCCGAUGAGCCUGCCAACUGCACUCAGAUGAUGUGCGGCGUGGACGAGUUCCGCUGCAAGGACUCGGGCCGCUGCAUCCCGGCCCGGUGGAAGUGCGACGGGGAGGACGACUGCGGCGACGCCUCCGAUGAGCCCAAGGAGGAGUGCGACGAGCGGACGUGCGAGCCGUACCAGUUCCGCUGUAAGAACAACCGCUGCGUGCCCGGCCGCUGGCAGUGCGACUACGACAACGACUGCGGGGACAACUCGGACGAAGACAAGUGCGUGCCUCGUAAGUGUUCGGAGAGCGAGUUCCCCUGCAGUAACGGCCGCUGCAUCGCCGGGCGCUGGAAGUGCGAUGGAGACCACGACUGUGCCGACGGCUCAGACGAGAACGGCUGCGAUGUGAAGUGCGACAGCGAUCAAUUCCAGUGCAAAAACGGCCACUGCAUCCCCAUCCGCUGGCGCUGCGACGCCGACGCCGACUGCAUGGACAGCAGCGAUGAGGAGAAAUGCGACAGCGGCGUGGGACGACACUGCCCCCAGGACGAGUUCCAGUGCAACAACACCCUGUGCAAACCGCUGGGCUGGAGGUGUGACGGUGAGGACGACUGUGGAGACAACUCUGACGAGAAGCCGGAAAUGUGUGUCAACUUCCAGUGUCCGCCCACGAGACAGUUCCGCUGCCACAACGACCGCGUGUGUCUGCCCGUGUCGAAGCGCUGCGACGGCGUCAACAACUGUGGCGACGACAGCGACGAACUCAACUGCCAGGUGACUCCGCCCACUCCAGUGUGUCAGAAGGAGGAGUUCCAGUGCUCCACCGGCCGCUGCAUCAGCUCCGCGCUGGUCUGCAACUACUUCAACGACUGCGAGGACUAUGGCUCCGAUGAGGUCAACUGCAAUAAGAAAGACGCGGGGCUGAACGACUGUCACAGUAACAGGACGGUGUGCGGGGACGGGGACGAGGCUCACUGCGUGGUGAACGGCACCGACUCCUUCUGCUCCUGCAAACCCGGCUUCCAGCCCAGAGGGCACAACCGAUGCGAAGACAAGAACGAGUGCCAGCAGUUCGGCGUUUGCUCCCACAUCUGCAACAACACCAAGGGUUCCUAUAAGUGCAGCUGCCACAAGUACUUCACCAAAAUCAACGAUAUCUGCAAGGCUGAUGAUCAAAGGCUAGUGGUCUACAUCGCGGACGACAACGAGAUCCGCAGCUUGGACUUUUCGAUGCCGAACCUGCGCUAUGAGCAGAUCUUCCUGGGCGAUGCCAACGUGCGCAUCGACGCCAUGGACCUGCAUGUCAAGGAGAACCGCAUUUACUGGACCAACUGGCACACGGGGCGCAUCUCCUCCUACGAUUUGCCCUCGUCCUCCUCGUCCCCCAACAGCAACCGGAAUCGACGCCAGAGCGACUCCCGGGUCAGCAGCCUGGAGAUCCCGGACCUGAAAAUGCCGCGUGGCAUCGCUGUGGACUGGGUCGCGGGGAACUUGUACUGGACGGACUCUGGUAGAGACGUUAUUGAGGUGGCCCAGAUAAGCAGAGCACGCCAUCGCAAGACCCUCAUCUCCGGCAUGAUCGAUGAGCCCUACGCCAUCGUGGUCGACCCCCAGAGAGGGAAAAUGUACUGGGCGGACUGGGGGAACCACCCCAAGAUCGAAACGGCUGCUAUGGAUGGAACAAUGAGAGAGACGCUGGUGGAAGAAAACAUCCAGUGGCCAACUGGGCUGGCGGUGGACUACUUCAACGAGCGUCUGUACUGGGCCGACGCCAAGCUGUCCUUGAUCUGCAGCGUGAGGCUGAACGGCAGCGACGCAGUCGUGGCUGUGGACAGCAUUAAAAACAAGCUGCAUCAGCCCUUCGGCAUCGACGUGUUCGAGGACUACGUCUACGGCGUGACCUACACCAACAACUUCGUCUUCCGGGUCAAUAAAUUCGGCAGAGGUCCCAUCGAGAACCUGACGACCGGCAUGAACCACGCCACGGACAUAGUUCUGUACCACCGCUACAAGCAGCCGGAGAUGGCCAACCCCUGCGACAGGAAGAAGUGUGAAUGGCUGUGCUUGCUCAGCCCCAGCGGGCCGGUCUGCACCUGUCCCAACGGACGCACGCUGGACAACGGCACGUGCGUGGAGGUGCCGGCGCCCACCUCGUCCCCCAUCGCUCCUCCCAGCGGCCCGUGCACGGUGCAGUGUCUGAACGGCGGCAGCUGUUUCCUCAACGCACACAAGCAGCCCAAGUGCCGGUGCCAGCCCAAUUACGGAGGCGACUGGUGUGAGGUGGAUCAGUGCCGGGACUACUGCAAGAACGGAGGCACGUGCACGCCUUCCCCCACAGGCGCCCCCGCCUGCAGAUGCCUGCCGGGCUUCACGGGGCCCAACUGUAACCUGCACACGUGCAGCAAUUACUGCAGGAACGGGGGCAACUGCACAGUGAGCGCCGGCAACCAGCCGACCUGCCGCUGCCCGGCCCAGUUCCCGGGAGACCAGUGCCAGUACAGAAGCUGCGAAGGCCACUGCCAGAACGGAGGCACGUGUCUACAGAGCGAGAGCGGCGCCCAGACGUGCCGCUGUCUGCCCCAGUUCACUGGCGCCACCUGCGAAAUCGACAAGUGCCACUAUUGCCGCGACGGCGAGUGCAUCCGCAGCAACAGCUUCUCCUCCCCAGAGGACUUCACCUGCCGGUGCACAAACGGCAGGAUCCAGCCCAGCUGUUACACCUGCGACACCAACGAGUACUGUGCAAACGGCCAGUGCUCCAUCAACUCCACAAGCCGCCUGCCGGAGUGCAGGUGUUCUCCCGGGUGGGUGGGCCAUCGCUGUGAGUCUGUGGCGAGCGGUGACGGCUCCUCGGGUCCGGGCGGCCGCACGGCGUCGAUCGUGGUCCCGGUGCUGCUCCUGCUGCUGCUGCUGUCGCUGGCCGCGGGGGGCGUGGUCUGGUACCGGAGGAGGAUGAGAGGGUCUAGCCGGCCCGGCAAAACCGGCUCCAGGCGCUUGCGGGCCAAGGGCUUCCAGCACCAAAGAAUGACCAACGGGGCCAUGAAUGUGGAGAUCGGAAACCCGGCCUACAAGAUCUACGAGGGCGAGCCCGACGACGACGCCGGCGAGCUGAUCGACGCCGACUUCGCGCUGGACCCCGACAAGCCCACCAACUUCACGAACCCGGUGUAUGCCACCCUGUACAUGGGCGCGCACAACAGCCGCAACUCCCUGGCCAGCACGGACGAGAAGAAGGAGCUGCUGUCGCGCGGGGACGAGGAGCCUCUCAUGGACCCGCUGGCGUAGACCGGCCGCCGGCCGCCAUCGCUCCGCUCCAAACACACCCCUUCUUGCCUUUCAAAGAAAAACGAAACUGAAAAAAGUGUUGAUGGAAAGAAAAAAAAAGUGUGAGAGGAAAUUGAUAAAAAAAAAGUGUGAACACUGUAUAAAAUGUACAAAAAUGAAGGA